CGCGGAGCUCCGAGUGAGGGGGAGGCUGCGCGGGAGCCCUGGCUGGACUGGGCCCUUGGCGGACGUGAACGGAGCGGACCAAGAUGGCGGUGCAGGUGGUGCAGGCGGUGCAGGCGGUUCAUCUCGAGUCUGAUGCUUUCCUAGUGUGUCUCAACCAUGCUUUGAGCACGGAAAAGGAGGAGGUGAUGGGUCUAUGUAUAGGGGAGUUGAAUGAUGACACAAGGAAUGACUCCAAAUUUCUAUGUACUGGAACUGAAACACGCACAGUUGCUGAAAAGGUUGACACCGUCCGAAUUGUACAUAUUCAUUCUGUCAUCAUCUUACGACGUUCUGAUAAGAGGAAGGAUCGAGUAGAAAUUUCUCCAGAGCAGCUGUCUGCAGCCUCAACAGAGGCAGAGAGGUUAGCUGAACUAACGGGUCGCCCCAUGAGAGUUGUGGGCUGGUAUCAUUCCCAUCCUCAUAUAACUGUUUGGCCUUCACAUGUUGAUGUUCGUACACAAGCCAUGUACCAGAUGAUGGAUCAAGGCUUUGUAGGACUUAUUUUUUCCUGUUUCAUAGAGGAUAAAAACACAAAGACUGGCCGGGUACUCUACACUUGCUUCCAAUCCAUUCAGGCCCAAAAGAGUUCUGAGUAUGAGAGAAUUGAAAUCCCAAUCCAUAUUGUACCUCAUGUCACCAUUGGGAAAGUGUGCCUCGAAUCGGCAGUAGAGCUACCCAAGAUCCUGUGCCAGGAAGAGCAGGAUGCAUAUAGGAGGAUUCACAGUCUUACACAUCUGGACUCAGUAACCAAGAUACAUAAUGGCUCAGUGUUUACCAAGAACCUGUGUAGUCAAAUGUCAGCAGUCAGUGGACCUCUCCUGCAGUGGUUGGAAGACAGACUGGAACAAAACCAACAGCAUUUGCAGGAGUUGCAACAAGAAAAGGAAAAGCUUAUGGAAGAACUUUCUUCCCUAGAAUAAAGUAAAAGACAAAAUGGGGGCAGGUGAAAAUACCCAGAGAAUAAUUAAACUUAAAAGAAAUUAAGCUAAAUUGAUUUUGAUGAACCAAAAGUUGGAGUGCUUAUAUUACCCAACUUCAAGACUUACUGUGAAGCUACAGUAAUCCCAACAGUGUGAUAUUGGCAGAGGAGUAGACACAUGGAUCAGUAGAACAGAAGAAAGAACCCAGAUAGGCCCAAGUAAGUUUGAUCAAGUACAAAACUGACUCAAUGGAGAAAGGACAGUCUUUUCAAUAAGUCAUGCUAAAGUAACUAAAUACCCAAAAGCAAAAGAAAGAACUUCAAUGUAACCUAAUAUCACCUAUAAAAUUUACCUCAAAAUGUAUUACGGAUUUAAAUGUAAAAUGUAAAACUAUACAAAUUUAGAAAAAAAUACCAUAGGAUAAAAAUCCUUAGGAGAUAAAUUCUUAGACCGCAAGUCAAAAGCACAAUCCAUAAAGAAGAAAAAAGUUGUAACCCUGGAUUUCAUCAAAAUUAAUACCUUUUAC